AUGUUAUCUACAAAAAAAUAUAUAUGUAAGUGGUAUAAAUGUCAACCAAUGUACACAAACAAUAGUGAACCAGGGAAGAGCAACAAACAUUAUGAUGCGGAAUGUCUAGCAAGUAACACAGUGCCCCAGGUGUUUGAGGAUUUUUUUUUUUUUUCUGAGAAACUAAUGGAUACUAUUAUUGAACAAAGCGAAAUUUAUGCUUGCCAACAUAACAGAAUAAAUUUUCUGCUAACCGAAGAAGAACUAAAAUUAUUUAUUGGCGUACUACUUCUGAGUGGUUAUCAUAAGCUUCCCCACAAGAAUAAGUACUGGGAACAGGUUCCUUAUGUCGGUGUUCCUUUAGUCUUCAACUCCGGGUCAAGAAAUAGGUUUUGGGAAAUAAAGAGAUUCAUUCAUCUCAAUGACAACUCCAAAAUAGACAGAAACGACAAGAUGUACAAACUGAGGUUAUAA